GGCUGCAGAGUUAGGUAGACACUCAGUCGGUAGGUCCUGUACCCGGUACUGUGCGCGCGAGUGUCGUGGUACCCUGUCUCUCACAACACUUCCAACCAGGACACAUCAAUACCUCAAGGCUGAGGCAGCACGCUCUAGCGGUGGUGUUUUGCAACUCUCACCACGACACCACCCAAAAAUUGAAAAUGGCUGGAUUAGUCAAGAUGGCCAUUGACAGAUACGUCAACCUGGUGGACUCAAUAAGUGAUCCUCGGGUGAACGACUGGCCGCUCAUGUCCUCACCCAUCCCCACGGUGGCGAUGGUGGCCGCUUACCUGUACGUUGUCAUCUUCCUCGGACCCCGAGUCAUGGCCAAUAGGAAACCUUUCAAGCUCAACAACAUCCUCAUCGUGUACAACGCAGCUCAAGUCAUCUUCAGCCUCGUCAUGCUCUGGGAGCACCUGAUGAGCGGAUGGCUGCUGGAGUACAGCUACAAGUGUCAACCUGUUGACUAUUCACACAAUCCUUCGGCUCUUAGGAUGGCAAGCCUAUGUUGGUGGUAUUACAUCUCAAAACUGACAGAGUUUGUGGACACGCUGUUCUUCGUUCUUCGGAAAAAAGAUAAUCAGAUAAGUCUGUUACAUCUAUACCACCAUUCCCUGACACCUAUUGAAACCUGGGUCUGCGUCAAGUUCCUGGCAGGUGGACACGGAACCUUCUCUAAUCUGGUCAACAACCUUGUUCAUGUGAUAAUGUACUUUUAUUACAUGAUGUCGGCAUUGGGACCUCAGUAUCAAAAGUACCUCUGGUGGAAAAAACACCUGACAACAUUACAGCUUGCUCAGUUCACAUUGGUAUUUGUACACUCGGCGCAAGUGCUCAUCUUUGACUGCGGCUACCCCAAGCUUGUGGCAGCCUUCCUGCUCGUCCACUCCACGAUAUUCUUCGUCCUCUUCCUUGAUUUCUACAACCAAGCCUACAAGCAGAGUCAAAAGAAGCUGCAGUAGUUUUGUUAAGACUUAUUUAUUGAUUAGGUGUAAGAUGUCAGCUGUACAUUAGGUGCUAUAUAAACAUCUUGUGAAAACGCCAAAGUUAAGUCUGAAAGUUACAAACUUUGUACUUAGCUUAGGUAAUUUUGUAUAUUUCUUGCCAUUAUUAUUACAGAUUACUUUUAAAGCAAAUAAAAUGUGAUAAGUUUCAGUUAUUUCUAUAAGAGUUUAAUGUCUUAAGCGACAUUCUUUCCAUAUUAAUAAUUAUUUUAAAAUUUAUAUUAAAAAAUUAAAAUUUUAUUUAACAGUACACCAAAGAAUUAAAUAUAGAUCAUCGAUAGUAAAUUUCAUACUCGUAGUUUUAUAGCCAUUAUUGGUUAAAAUGAAAUUUAUCCAUGGAACUAUUUUGUUUGUUUUGUGAAAUUCUACAGAUAGUCAGGAUUUUCUAUUUCAGUACAAUAUUAUGUUUAACUCCUUAGAUAAAUAAGGUCAACACUGUAUCAUAUUAGAUUUUAUACGUAUUUAUUAAUUAACUCCUGUAUUUAUUAUGUUUGUACAAACUUCUGUAAUAGUAAAAACAGAGUAAUUGCUCCAAUAUCGGAUGUUCAUACACCAAACAACAACGAUAAUCAAAAAUUAAUCAAACUUUACACACCUGAAUUAUACUAAAAAUUUGCUGUAAUUAAAAUAAAAAAUCAAUGUUUUACUGUUAGUUUUUUUAUUAUUAUCUGCAGAAAAAUUAGAUGAAGUAAAUUUAAGACCAUUUUCUAGAAAAGCAUCAGCAGCUGAAUUCCCCAUGUCCUUGUUGUACACAUCCAUAUGGCUUGAUGGGUACUUCCCAGUAUAUGUACAUAUCUACAAGCAAACAAUGGGAUCCAUUAACGCAAUAAAAACUUUAGAGUACCAUUGAACAUUAAAGCAAAUAAAACCUGUUAGUAUAAAGAAUAAUGUUAUUCAAAAGUUUGAACUUUAUUUAGAGCAAGUUACUGUAGAAAACGUUUUUGUUUAGUUACUGGUAGUACAUCAGAAUUAUUCUGAAAUGUUAACACCUCCAAUGUAAUCAUUACAUAUAUUUAUUAACAUUAUAGCAUAUCUAACAUACGAGUAUUGUUAUGCAAAUGGCACUUAAAUUGACUUGUUGAUAUAUUUAAUAGUAAAUAUAUACAUAAAUGUUCUAAAGUAUGAAUUCUUAAAUGUAUUGAAGUGGUGGAACAUCCAGAUCCAGUCAAGGAAGAAGUUCAUGAAAUUUAAAAUAUUUUUGUAUUUAACUAUUUAUAAAUCAUUAAUAUUAAAAGACCCUUUCAUAAAAUAACGUUUUGAUUAAUUUUCAUUUUUGGUAAGAUUUGUUUUAUUGUUCUAUACCUCAAUGUAUUUCAAUUAAUUAAGCUGUUUGAAAUGGGAAUAAAACAGAAUACUACAGAUUUUUUCUAUUUCAAAAGACAUAAUAGAACUCAAAACCAAACAUGUAAAAAAAGGCUUUAAGAGACACAAAACGCUGAUUUUGCUUAGAUGAUAAUUUGUAUGUUUUCAGGGCAUUACCUGAGACACAUUGUACAUAGACCUUGUCAAGUACCUUUGAUCCAACAUUGUUGGGUGGAUAUUGUCUUAUUGUAGUUAUUUAUAGUAGAUGUCUGUCCAAGCCAACACUUUGUUGUGUCCUGUAUAUAUUUGUGCAAUCAGUGCGAUUGUAGCUCAACAAGUAUUAUUGUUAAGUGUUAUCCCUUCUGUGUACUAAAUAUUAUAAUUCUCUCAACAGGCUGUCAGAAUGUGAUGAGUGUAGAUUAUGACUAUCUGAAUGACAGUUUAUGUCACAGAAUCGUGAGUGGACAGUUUAGCAAUAAGUGAUUACAAUUGUACAUGUUAUUAUUUUGUUUUAAUAUAUUACUUUUUGUAUUUUUUAUUGAGAAUCGACCAGUCAGUUUGUAGUUAACUUAGAUCAUUAAAGUUUUACCUGAUUCAA